AUGGCAGGCGGUCGCCAGGGUCGUGCCAGUGCUCCCAUGGAGGACGAGAACAGCCAUCAGGCCGUGUGGGGCAUGCGUCAACCUGCACAGAGCUCGUCGACCACCUCGUCCGCCCCUUCAUCAGCCGCCCCGUUCCGUCUCGACCUUCCCGACCCUCCUUCUGCCCAGCCGUCGAGCGAGCCCGGCCACCUGUCGCAAGCCACGCCACGCGGUCGUAGCUCGUCCUUGACCGACGCAGCGCCACUGCACGCGCCCGCCCGCCGCUCCUCGACCAGCACCCUCGCAUUCGACCCCCGCCUACCUGUCGCACCGCUCGCCAAGUCGCUUGCCGACCUCCCGUUCGACAUCCUCGAGCGCAUCGGCGAGCUCUUGCUCCCGAUCAUCGUGCCCGCCCACUCGAGCGGCGACCGCACCUCGUCGCAGGAGUGGACCGGCCAGCGCGACGACGUCGUCCGGUUCCGCUCGACGUGCAGGGCGACUUGGCGAGCAACGGCCCGCCUCGUUCAGCGCGUCUGCAACGUCGAGGUCCCCGAGCCGAGGUUCGGGUUCUCGCCAGCCCACCUGUGGAAGGGCGCCGACGCCGUCGCGCUCAGCGCCAUCUCGCUCGCAGACGAGCCCUACGCUCGCCUUUCGACACCCAGUCGCUUCAUCCCGGCGAGCAAGAUUCGACAACUGUUCGCGCACUGGUCGGUGCCCGGCGCGUGGGACCAGCCCUGUGGCGGCUGCUCGACGGCCGCCGAGCUGUUCGCCGCCAAGCUCGCGGGCAUGACUCGCCUCGAGUCGCUCGCGCUCGUCUGGCAGGACGAGGAGGCCGUCACGAGAACGUCGCCGUACACGGUCGACACGCUCCCGGCCGAGAUCCUCGUCGCCCUCUCGCAGCAUCCGACGCUGCGCGAGCUGUACCUGUGCGGCAUCAAGCUCUCGCGGCGCCUCUCGUCCGGCGACAAGCUCGACGACGUCCCGACCCUUCCGUCGCAGCUGCGUACCCUCACGCUCAACGCCUGCCACGACUCGGCCCUCGAGCUCGUCACGCUCGCGCCCGGCGUGACUCAGAUGCGCGUCCAGCGCGACUUUGCGAGCCCGCCGAGGGUCCAGCCCGACUGCUUCUGGGACCUCAACGUGUGGAUGCGCGCCGAGGAGGUCGACAUUGUCGGCUUGAGCGGCACGCAGAGUCGUCCGCUCUUCAUCCACUGGCGCAACGAGCUCGAGAUCUUGCGCAGCCUGUCGCCGCCGCCGUUCAUCCCGCUCCGGUCGCUCCGCCUCGUCGAGCCGUACCUGCUGAACGACGUGCGGUCGAUCGUCCUCCCGACCUUCGCCCUCCUCCCUCAGCUCCGCCACUUCGCCAUCUUCAUCUGGAGCUCGCGCGACUUUGGUCCGUCGAUUGUGGGCGAGAUCCAUGCGGCGAUGCCCGACCUUGACGAGCUCGGGUACGCCGACCUCGACUUUCCCUCGACGCGCUGCCACAUCUUCCCCCUCGUCAAGGACCGCCUCUUCCCGUACGUCCCGAGCCUGCGCGCCCUGCGCUGGUUCGGCCACGACCCGCACCUGCGCCAGCUCGACGGCGACAACGACGGCGGCGCCGACCAGCGCGGCCGGUGGGCCUGGAGCGACGACCCGCGUCCGCUCGACCUCGGCUCGGCCGGCGCGGCGCAGGAGCUGCACGGCGCGCGGCUCGCCGGCGACCCGUUCUCGAGCCCGAGCAGCAGCUCGUCGCCCGUCGUCGCCGGGUCGCGCAUCGUCGACGGGUCGCGCGACGCCGAGGACGGCGACGAGGUCGAGCCGAGUGGGGCGACGGGCGGUGGCGGGCGCAAGGGGCGCGCCAAGCCGCGCAAGUCGGUCCUCGAGCAGCUCGAGGCGCUGCGGGCCCACGCCGCGACGGUCGAGGUGCCGGCGGGGCCGACCGCGCAGCUGGUCAAGGGGAAGGAGAAGGGCAAAGGAAAGGCGGUGCUGCGGGAGCGGUAGAGCUUGGCGGGCGACGAGCAGGACGACGUGUUCUGGUCGGCGGGGCACGCGUGAGCGAGGGGGACGGACACUGCUUGGUUGGGCUCGACGAUUUGUCUCUGUCUCUCAGUGCAAUACGUGUUGCUUGUCGC